AAGUCUCACGUGAACCAAACCAAACAACAGUUUCUCUCUCUAACAGAAACAGUGAGUCUAGAGAGAGAAGUAAAAAAAAAAGAAGAAAAUGAAGGAAACAACAGUGAUUGUAGCAGGAGCUGGUCCCUGUGGAAUUACAACUUCAGCUUCUCUAAACCUUCAAUCAAUCCCUCACAUUCUCCUAGAAAGAGAAGAUAUCUUCUGUCCCAUAUGGACUAAAUACUCUUACGAUCGUCUCCAUCUUCACUUAGCCAAGGAGUUCUGUGAGCUUGCCCACAUGCCAUUCCCAGAUUCUUACCCAACUUAUGUUCCAAGAAACCUAUUUAUCCAAUACUUAGAAGAGUAUAUGACCCGGUUCAAUGUGAACCCGGUUUAUAAUCGGUCCAUUGAGUCUGCAACCUAUGAUAAGGUCGCCGGAAAAUGGAUUUUCAAGACAAGGAACACCAAGACUGAUGAGAUUGAAGAGUACUGCUCAAGAUUUCUGGUGUUGGCCACCGGCGAAACCACCGAUCCUUUCGUGCCGAAAAUCAAAGGCAUGGAGACAUUUACAGGGCAGAUCUUGCACUCCACAGAGUAUAAGACUGGGAAGCCCUUCACUAAUAAGAGUGUCCUAGUUGUUGGGUGUGGUAAUUCUGGUAUGGAGCUUGCUUAUGAUCUAACUCUCUUCAAUGCUAAGACCUCCAUUGUUAUUAGACACCCGAUUUAUAUUAUAACAAGGUGGAUGGGGUAUAUGUCUUUGGUGUUGUUCCAGCGUCUGCCUUUUGGAUUGGUGGAUAGAUUUAUUGCUUUGGUCAGUAGGUUGUGGUAUGGUGAUAUGAGUAAGUAUGGGAUUGAGAAGCCAACAGAAGGUCCUUAUGAAAGGAAAGAGAAGUAUGGAAAGUAUCCAGUUGUUGAUGUCGGCACCGCCGGUAAGAUCAAGUCCGGCGAGAUUCAGGUCUUACCGGGAAUAUCUUGCAUUAAUGGUGAUGAGGUGCUCUUCACAAAUGGCAAGUCUUAUCACUUUGAUGUGAUUUUAUCGGCUACUGGAUUCCAUAGAUCAAUAAGAAAUUGGCUCAAGGAUGAUUAUGGCUUUCUCGGUGAAGAUGGGCUUGCCAAAGAAAGAGAUCCUAAGCCUUAUUGGAAGGGAAAGAAUGGCCUCUACUGUGCUGGGCUUGCAAGAAAAGGUUUGAUUGGAGCUGGCCCAGAAGGUAUAUUGAUAGCUAAUGAUAUCAAAAAAUUAUUAUGAAGCCCACCAGUUGGAAGGAACUUUCUUCAGUAAUCAUCUUCAAAUGUUGCUAAAAAUGAGCAUAUGUAUGAAAGGAAAAAUUAAAGCAAAUAUGGAAAGAGUGAUUGGGUAUUUUGAAUGCUCCAACUUAUGUUUGUAACAUCAAUUAUCAGUCACUGUUAUGUAAUGCCGGCUUGUUGGAUUUGAUGUGUCCAUCAAACCUAAUUUAAUGCUAAAUAAUAUCAAACCUAAUUUAUAUAUCAAA